AUGAGUCAGGGAUCGCAGAACGGCGGCACUACAAAUGGCUCUUCAGAAGACGUGACAAAUCAAGGGGGAGGGACGCAGCAGGCCGGCAGUAGCGGACCAAUUUCGAGCAGCCAUGGAGCGAGGGCUAGCAGAGGGAAGCUGAGGCAGUGCAUCCCGGUGCUGUCGGUGGUUAAGCUGCUGCUGUCGUCGACCAAUCACAUGUUCUCCAUCGGCAUGGUCAACGAGAAGGAUGUUGUUUUGUGCACACCGCUCGCGCCCACCAUAUGCCAGAUGGUGAUGUCAGCAUUUGCAGUGGAAGCAGCCAUGGCUGUUGAACGUGCCCUCGCGCUUAACUCCGAUCGGCCGCAGCUGCCAGCGUCCACCAGCAUCCACGUGGGCGUGGUGGAUCAAGAGGAGCUGCUGGCUUCGGUGCGAACCAAGAUAAAGUCCAUCCGUCCCUUCUGGGCUGCAGCAUCGGCCCGCGUCUUCCCUUUCUCUGCGCCCACCUCCCCCCGUGGGGAAACCGUGGUGGGGAGCGGGGCGGAAGCAGGGGUAUCAGAGGAGGCCGGUGGUGGGGUUGACGCUGCGGCUCUGAUGGGAGCCCAGAAUGACGUGUCAAUGCAGGAUGCUGACAUCGUCGCCAGCAGCAUCAACGCUGACGUGGCACCGCCUGUGGAGAUCACCGAUUUCAUCCCUCUGAAGGUUCUCGGAAAGGGCAGCUUCGCCAAGGUGCUGCUAGUCCGCCAUGCCCCCAGCGGGCAGGUGUUUCCCAUGAAGGUGCUGGACAAGGCGGCAGUGAUGCGGCGACAACAGAUCCCAGUGUCAUACCCUGUCCUCUUGGUCCGCCAUGCCCCCAGCGGGCAGGUGUUUGCGAUGAAGGUGCUGGACAAGGCUGCGGUGAUGCGGCGACAGCAGCUGCAGCACACACUCACGGAGCGACACGUGCUGCAGGAGGUGCGUCACCCGUUCCUCGUCCCUCUAAGAUGGGCCUUGCAGUCCGAGACGCGCCUCUUUCUCAUCCUCGACUUCAUGCCGGGCGGGGAGCUCUUUUUCCACCUCAAGCGCGAAAGGCGUUUCAAGGACGACCGCGCGCGCCUCUACGCCGCGGAGCUGCUGCUCGCGCUGGGGCAUUUGCACUCGCUCGGUGUGAUUUAUCGCGACCUGAAGCCCGAAAACAUUCUCCUCGACGCUCAAGGUCAUGUGCGCAUCGCGGACUUCGGAUUGGCCAAGGAGCACAUCGCCGACAACUCAUCCGCCUCCACCUUUUGCGGCACGCCCGAGUACCUCGCCCCGGAGGUGUUGGGAGGCAAGGGCCAUGGUAGGGCUGUGGACUGGUGGAGCCUGGGGAUUCUCCUCUUCGAAAUGGUGGUCGGUGUGCCGCCCUUCUACGAUCGCAAUGUGAACAUAAUGUAUAACAAGAUAGUGAACGCGCCUCUGGUCUUCCCUGUCACCGUCACCAACUUCUACCUCCGCGACCUCAUUUCCAAGCUAUUGAUUCGAGAGCCGAGCCUGAGGCUCGGAGCAGGCCCAACUGACGCUGCAGAGAUCAUGAGGCACGAGUUCUUUCGAGGCAUGGACUGGGACAGGCUGUAUGCCAGGGAGGUGCCUCCCCCGUUCGUGCCCAGCAGCAAGGGCAUGGAGGAUGUGUCAAACUUUGAUAAGAGCUUCACGGGCCUUCACAUCAGCGAUCCCUUGGAGCCACCCUCCUCUGCUGCACCCUCUGACAGCCACCAUGGUGCAGCAAAGCCCACCAAUGCCCCUGCAAAGGCCGCCCAGACCUCCUCCAAUGAGAAAGCUCCAGCUGGCACUGAGAAAGUAAAUGGCGGGAAGACUGGGAAGGUUGGUGCGAAACCGAAUCUGAAGAUUGACACUCAUGCAGCAUCAGGGAUGGAUCCACUAGACAACUCUCUGUUUGAAGGGUUUGUGUUCAGCCCGACCAAGAAGCAUAGUGCAACUAACUAG